GAUACACGUCAUCGCAUGAUUACAUGAUGGCCACUUACAUUUACUUACGUCGGCUGCUUGGGCAAAAAAGAACUUUACUUGUUUCUCAGUUAUGUAGUCGUCAUUCGUCAAUCCGCACAAUCCAUGCUCACUUGCUGAAAGGAAAGGUAGUAAACAUAGGAUGUGCAAGCGGAUUUUGGGGCGAUACAGCUGUCGCAGCACCACAGUUGAUUUAUGGUGCAAAAGUGGACUUCAUUGUCUUUGACUACUUGUCAGAAAUCACAAUGUCUCUCCUUGUUGCUGGGAAGCACAAAAAUCAGAACAUGGGAUAUGCACCAGACUUUGUAACAGUAAGCAUGGCUCCUUUCAUUAAGGAUAUCAAGAAAAAAGGAAUCAAGAUUAUCAGUAAUGCAGGGGGGAUUAAUCCCUCUGGCUGUGCAAAAGCACUUCAGGAAGUAUGCAAAGAGGCUGGCGUUGAACUCAGUAUUGCUGUUGUCACUGGUGAUGAUCUCAUGCCUCAGGUUAGAGAGUUAACAAAACAAGGCAUUACAGAUAUGUCAUCAGGACAAAGUUUUCCUGAUAAUUUACAUAGCAUGAAUGCAUAUUUGGGUGCUGGACCUAUUGCAAGGGCGUUAAGUCUUGGGGCUGAUGUAGUUAUUACUGGAAGGUGUGUGGAUAGUGCCAUGGUACUAGCCCCACUUAUUCACAAGUAUGGAUGGACAAUGGAUCAGCAUGACCUCUUGGCUGCAGGCAGUUUGGCUGGUCAUUUGAUAGAAUGUGGUGCACAAGCAACCGGAGGCAUUUUUACUGAUUGGCAAAAAGUUCCAAACUGGGACAACAUAGGUUUUCCCAUCGUAAUGUGUGGCUCUGAUGGUCAGUUUGUUCUGACAAAGCCACCAGGAACUGGUGGUCUUGUCUCAAGAGCCACAGUGUGUGAACAACUCUUAUAUGAAGUAGCCAACCCUGCACUGUAUUUCCUGCCUGAUGUUGUCUGUGAUUUCACUAAUGUGGAAAUUGAGGAGCUGCCAAAUGAUGCUGUCUUUGUCACUGGUGCUAGAGGAAGUCCUCCAUCAGGAGAAUACAAGGUCAGUGCUACUUAUCUCGAUGGUUAUCGUGCUACAGCUGUAGCAACUGUUGGGGGUGGACGGGCCAAAGAGAAGGCUGAACUCACAGCAAAAGCAAUCCUUAAGCGAUGUCGUAGAAUUUUUCAUCAGCUCAACCUUGAAGAUUUUUCUAAUGUGGAAGUACAGAUCCUAGGGACAGAAAACAUGUUUGGACCACAUGCAAGAAGCCAGAAAACAAGGGAGGUAGUUCUGUGGCUGGCAGUAACCCAUAAUCAAAAGAAGGCCCUUGAAUUCUUCUCCCGAGAAGUUGCCCCUGCGGGAACUGGCAUGGCUCCCGGCUUAUGUGGAGUAGUGGGUGGAAGACCUAAAGUAUCACCUGUGCUGAAGUUCUUUUCCUUCCUGUACCCAAAAAAUAACAUGAAGAUAUCACUGGAGAUGAAUGGAGUUUUUACAGAGACAUAUGAACCUCCUGAUGCACCAACUGCUGAAUAUCUGAAGCAGGCAUAUCCCCCUACAAAUGGACAAUCUCGAUACACAGGACAAGAUUUGCCCAUUGGUGACUGUGUAUUCCGUCUGGAAGAUCUUGCUUACACACGCAGUGGAGAUAAGGGCAAUGAUGCCAACAUUGGAGUAAUUGCUAGGGACCCAAGCUAUCUUCCAUACAUAAGACAAGCCCUCACUGCUGAGGCUGUGGAAUACUACUUCAGCCAUCUGUUUGCAAACACCAGUGGAACAAAAGUUGAAAGGUUUGAUGUUCCUGGCAUUAGUGGCUUAAACUUUGUUCUUCAUCAAGUGUUAGGUGGUGGAGGUAUCGCCUCCCUCAGAAGUGAUCCUCAGGGCAAGGCAUUUGGCCAAAUGUUGCUUGACUUUGAAAUUAGUGGUGUUCCAGACCUUUCAGUAAUGAAAAACACGGCUGCUACUCAUCCUUUAACAGAAAAAGGUGUUCCUGACAAUCAUUCUGAAAAAAGAAAAUAAUUUUUUGUGGUUUUCAUUAUUGUAAAUAAGGACUCUUUUCAUGGCAAAGGAACAAUAAUGAACUUGUGAUUCAAACAACAAAAACCCACAUAUCAGGAUCAGAGCCUGAGCACUUUUAGGGGUACAUGACUUUGAAAGUCAUCUGAGGUGAUGUGCUUACACAACAGAGGUUAUUUUGGCAUGUUAGCACUUAUUAAGUGGCCUUAUCACUUUAGAAUCUGUUGUUCAAAUUGGAAAAUAAGAGUUUAGUAAGGGUCUUUGGUCUGAGGAGCAAUUACAGGUGAUCUACAGCUUCUGAGCGGAAUAUUUGUUUUUAUUUUGUCUGUGAUGAAAGAUAUAGAGCGCAUUAUUAUUUGAAAAAUUGUACUUUUAUUUUCAAUUAUGGUCUGCAAUUGGAGAACCCAUUUGUUGUUUACUUUUUGAGACAAACCUUCCUUCUGAUCCCUGUAAUUUGAAUGGUGCUGUUACCUGGUGUGGACUGGCACUUACCAUCACCAAUGAAAGAAAAAGUCUGCAUCUGAGUAGUUUUCAUGUAGCUACUGCCCAGUGUGAUUCUUAUUGUUUUUAUUUUUUGUAAAGGGCUUUUAGCUGACCUUCGAUGGUGAUGCAUUGUGCUAAUCAAUUUUAUUAUUUCAUCAAACCAUGAACUUGCAUUACUGGACUGCUUGCUGACAAUUUUUUUUCAGUUCACUUCUGAAGCUUCCAGUUUCAAGAAUGCCAAUGACUGUCAGCAGAGUUGGUAACAUUAACAUUUUUAAUAAUCAAGAGGUGGUUCAUACUGCUACAUGGUAAGAUGCCACUGUGCAAAAAACAAAUGUUUUGGUUUAGGGUUUUAUCGCUACUUCUGCAGCCAGGUGUAUCGAAAGAGCAAGAUGAGUGGCAAGUGGUUCUCAUGCUAUAGGCCGUUCAGACAAAAGCUUUAAUCCAUUUAUAAGAUAAGAGAACACUUUAUUUGUCCCUGAGGGUGAUUCGGGGGCAGCUUGAUAAAAAUAACAUCACAACACAUUCUUAUGCACCAAACAGACUUUCACAUUUCAUGUUUCACUCACUUGCACUCAGCACCAUUCCAGUAACGCACAGCCGAAACGACGAAUGACAGCCUCAGUCUGUUGAUCCUGCAUGCAGAAUUCUGAUGGAAAUCAAAGACCGUCUCUUUGGUCUUACAUUAAGUUCUCAGAGAACUUGACCCUCCUGGUUACUGAGACAACUGUUGGUAUACAGAAUAAACAGAAGCAGAGAUAAAAUACAGCCUUGAUGUGAGCUGGUGCACGCUGUGAUUUGAGUCAGAAAAAGUGCCUUUGACAAGUAUUCAUUGCUGCCUGUCAACCAAAUAGUGAAAGAUGCACGACACUAGCUGAUGGUCAAAGGAAAACUCAUCAAGGAGUCUUCUAGCUGGGAUAUGUGAUAGAAUGGCGUUGAAAACUGAUGAGAAGUCAGCAAACAACAGUCGUACAUGGGCUUGUGGAUUCUCCAGGUGUUUGAGCAAAGUGUGAACGAUGAACAGUUUAGCAUCAUCAACACUUUGCUUGGACUGGUAUGCAAAUUGUAAGUGUUCAAGACAACUGUUAGUGACUUUUAGAAUCAAUGUUUUGAUGAUUGUCUCCAAUAUUUUCAUGACCAAGAACGUUAAGGCCACUGGUCUUAAAGUUGUUGAGAUGCUGAGCUGAAGCUUUCUACAGAACUGGAACAAUAGUAUAUAAUUUCCAAGCAGCAGAGAGGGAGAGUGAAUCCAUAGAGCGCUGGACUAGGUGUUGGAAAAUGCCUCAAGUUGGUGCAUGCAGAAAUGUAAUGUUCUGCCACCAAUACCAUCAGGAUCUGAAGCCUUGCAGCUGCAAAUGUUUAUUCACUGAAACAGUUCCACAACUUGUUCUUGACAAAUCUCAAUCCUCUGGACAGGAUGAAGAGAACUGAACUCAUCUUAAUGGAGAUUUGCUCGAGGCACUUUGAAGACAAGUGCAUAAAAAAGGUAAUGAUCUUAUUGUUUGCUGAAUUCAAGCAAAACAGGAUAUACAAACCAGACCAAACAAAAUUGCAUACAGAUUUUAUAUAAACAAGAGACCAAGGGGAAGCAUCUGAACAUCAGUGAUCAUAGAUCUAUAUAUUUGUUUCAUACAAUUUAUAAUUCCAUAAGCAAGAUUUAAGACUACUAAAGCAAACAAUUUUGUGAUCUAAUGAAGAGAUUGGUUAAUAGUGUUACAAAGCAAUAACAUUACAGUAAUUAUACUGUUAACAUUUCAAUCUCUUUGCACCCCAUGUUUGCACUUCUUUUCUGGAAGUCUGGUUUCCAUUGUGUUAGCUGAGCCCUAACAGUGGAUAACUUCGCAAGAGGCCAAGCGUUAGUCUCGGCAGAUAGUCAUCAGUCCAUUUAUACAUGUUUGUGGUCAGACAUUGUGCAAUAUUUAUUUCUGUGAUGGUAUGGGGGAGGGGGGAACCAAAAACUUCUGGCUACACCUAAAAAAAAUACACUGGCUUCUACUAAAUUCUUCUUGUUUAUGAUGGAUGUCGUCUACAA